AUGUCUAAGGUUGAAGCUCAAAUUGAAAAAAUUUUUACUUCUUUUGACAAAGAUGGUGAUGGUAACUUAUCAUGGGAUGAAGUUUUCUCUCGUAUGAGCUCAAAUUCCAAUAUUAAGGAUCCACUUGCUGCCACAAAAUCAAUGUUUGAUCAUUAUAAUCGUGAUGCUGAUACUGAAAACCUUUCCAUCCAGGAAAUUAGAGAAGUUUUAAUGUCCAAGAAAAUUAAACAAGAUUUAAUCAGAACUGAAAAAGCUCUCAGAUCCAAGGUCAAAGAUUUCCGUAAGAAAUAUGACACUGAUAAUGACGGUGUUGUAACAUUUGAUGAAAUGUAUCAAUUGUACCUUAAAGAUCCGGAUUUUGAUGAAGAAGAUGAUGAAUUAAGUGCUGAAGAAAGGGAAAAAGCUAAAUGCAGAAGAGCCAAAAGCUCAUGCAGAUACUUCUUUAGUGCUGUUGAUAAGGAUAAGAACGAUAAAUUAUCCUAUCUAGAAAUUCAUGAAUAUCUUAAAAAACAUCCAGAAUUUGAUCUUGGUCCAUCCCAAUAA